AUGGCGAGUGAAGCGAGAGCCGCAGCUGCUACCCAGCGGCGCAUGCAAGAACACUCGAGACUGCCUUCCACAUCAGACUUUAAAGGCAUAGCGCGCCCUUCCCUCCAAACUGGCAACAACAUGCCUACAAGUAUAAAGCACAAGCGAGACGCCGAGCCACACCCAUCCCACAAAAAGGCGAGGACGGACAUGCCACCGCCGUCCCCACCACAACCAUCACAACACAAGUUCCAAGUUCCUGGCGCCGUGACACACAGUAUGGCGAGUGCUCUGAAGUCUGCAAAGGACCCAUCAACCGUCACCCGCAACAGCACAUCUGUACCAAACAUCUAUAGCAAUCGCCCGAACACUUCGGCCACCACUCCAUCAUCCUCAGGCACCUCGAGCACGCAACCAAAGAAGCGCAAGCGCAACGAUGGCGCAGCGACACAGAACACUUCAGCCAAGAAGUCUCGACAAGAGUCAUCGGACGAGGGCGGAGAGCAGUCCAUGCGCGUGAAGAAGGAGGCGUCAAGGAAGACGACCGUUAACUCCAAGCCAGCAGCGAUGGCCGAGAGCACCCGCUGGAUCUGUGACCGCUGCGGUGUCGACCAAUCCAGCAAGAGUAACAAGAAGCGCCACCAGAAGAGCGAGACGUGCCAGAAGCUCGCCCACGAGCGCAAGUACGGAGUCAAGAAGACUUCACCAACACCAGCCUCGAAGCAAGGUGCGAAGCAGGAGAGCAAGCCCUCCUCACCAGACCCGCAGAAGAGCGCGACAGCCGGUGAAAGCCCACGAAGCCGACUCGACUCCGUGAGCACCAAGCGAACCUCCGUCUCGCCGGGACCAGAGAAGUCCAUCCAAAAGGAUGAGACAUACCGCGUCGCCACAUCUCCCUCCAAGCCCACAGAACAGGCCAAGGAGCCCACACCUACUGCGAUGCCAAUUGGCUUGAACAACAUGCGCGGAGUCUCGGUCUCAGCCCAGAACGCCGCACUCCAGAUCCUUUUCCACACAUUUACAGAUAAGGAGAUCGAGCAGCUCUGCGCAGGCGAGGAACCAAAGAUGUUCAACCUGAAGCCCGAGGAGCUCCUCAAGUACGACAGCCCCAGCCGACCCAAGAAGCGGUCCAUGUUUGACAUGAAGUUGAAGGAGGCAAAGGAUAAGAUUGUCAAGACUGUUCUCACCCCGGAGGAGCUCACCGAUGAGCAGGUUCAAAAUCCCCAGUACGUCAAGCCCGCCAUUGCUCUUGGUCCGUACAUCGGCCAACUCUUCAAGAAGAUGCGAGAAGCCGAGAGAAGUGGCGAGAAGAUCGAGCUCACUGCGAUGAUGGUGCAGACUACCUUCGCUCUCUCGGGCAAGAAGUUCCGUGAGAGCAUUAAAGAGACGGGUGUCGACCUCCAAACCGCCCUUGAUGGCCGCAAGUACCUCGACGUCUUGGAAGAGAACCAGAACGAGGAUGCCGGCGGAUACCUUACGAACCUGACCGAAGCUCUCGGUAGGGAGCACCACUUCAUCCUCGAGAAGUUCAAGAUGAAGACCCACUUCUUCGGCCACUGCGACAAGGACAAUUGCGACGGCAAGCACCAGGAGCUGAAGACGUCCUUCGCUCUCAAAGCUACCGUUCCGGCAGAGAAGUAUGAUCUGGCCAUCGACGAAGAUGAUGGCGAUGUGUAUGAGACCGAGAUACGGAAUGCCACCGGAUACAUCAUCCAGGAGGCAGUCAAGUAUGACGACUUCCGUCAAGUCAUCUGCCCAGUAGUCGAUGCUGACGGAGAGCCAUGCGAAGGCGAAAUGGAGGUGAAGCCGUGCGUCAUCCAGUAUCCCGACUACUUGCUGGUGCCACUUGAGCGCGAGGAUGCAGAGGCACCACUACACACCGUGAACCUCAUCUCCACCAUGGUGGGAGACCAGAAAUACCGCAUGACCGGUAUGAUCCAGGCAGAUGACAAGACGGACCACAACGUGGCAUUCCGAGAGGUCGAAAAGAAGUGGUGGAAGCUCAGAGACGAGGACGUCGAGAGUGCGACUCCGGCACAGCUGCAGGACAGCGUGAGGCGCAAGUGUGUCUUGAUUUUGAUGCAAAAGGUGUAA